UGAACUUGAAUUGGACGUGAGAAGCACAGAGAAACAAUGAAGUCCUUCUUUGGGAGUUUGGUAUUGGUAUAUUGCCUCACUGUUCUGCUGAUGGAUUCCUCGCAAUGCUAUGAUUUUCAAAAUCCAUCUGACAUUUUAGCCCAAAGUUAUGCACAAAGAAGAAAUAAUGCACUUCCACACAGGACAUUGAACCCAGCAGCAACAGACUCCCAGUGUAGGAGCCGUCCAUUGGACCUGGUCUUCAUUAUUGACAGCUCACGUAGUGUACGUCCAGGUGAGUUUGAGAAGGUCAAGAUCUUCCUGGCUGACAUGGUGGACACUCUGGAUAUCGGUCCAGAUGCUACGCAUGUUGCAGUGGUGAACUAUGCCAGCACGGUCAAAAUCGAGUUCCUGCUGAAACACCAUCUAACAAAAGACACUAUAAAGCAAGCCAUCAACCGCAUUGAGCCCUUGGCAGCAGGCACCAUGACUGGUCUGGCCAUCAAGAAAGCCAUGGAUGAAGCCUUCACUGAAAAAUCAGGUGCAAGGCCUAAAUCGAAGAACAUCUCCAAAGUUGCCAUAAUUGUUACUGAUGGGCGACCUCAAGACCAAGUAGAGGAGGUCUCUGCUGCAGCACGGGCUUCAGGGAUUGAAAUCUAUGCGGUUGGAGUCGACAGGGCUGACAUGCGUUCAUUAAAGCUCAUGGCCAGCAAUCCACUUGAGGACCAUGUGUUCUACGUGGAGACGUAUGGUGUGAUCGAGAAGCUCACCUCGAAGUUCCGGGAGACGUUGUGUGGUAUGGACCCCUGUGCCAUGGGACACAACUGCGAGCACAUAUGUGUCAGCAGUGGCUCCUCCUUUUACUGCAAGUGUCGGAAUGGCUAUAUUUUGAAUGAAGACCAGAAAACAUGUUCCUUAAAACAUAUGGAUGCCUGUGAAAUGGGACACAGCUGUCAACACAUUUGUGUGAGCAGUGAUAACUCCUAUUACUGCAAGUGUCGCUCAGGCUUUGUCUUGAACGAUGACAAGAAAUCAUGCUCCAUUAGAGGUGCUGGUGCUUAUGCCCAUGGUAACAGUGUACGAAAGGUUGACCGCAACAGUAACCGUGGUGGCAACGAAGAUGGCAAAGACAGUGCUAGUGUGGAUGCCUGUGCGUUCGGCCACGAUUGCCAACACACUUGCGUCACCAGUGGUUCUUCGUAUUACUGCACGUGUCCCCCUGGCUUUGUCUUGAUGCAGGACAAGAGAUCAUGCUUCAAAGCCAGUUACAAUGAUGGCGAUGGUAGUGCCAGUUUGGACCACUGUGCACUGGGCCAUGAUUGUGAACACAUUUGCAUCAACGAUGACUCUUCCUAUCACUGUGAGUGCCAGCAAGGUUUUGUGCUGCAGAAAGACAAGAAAACAUGUUCUAAAACAAAGGUAAAGGUGGAAGUAGUUCAGGACCCCUGCAUGUGUGAGGCCCGACUGGCUUUCCAGAGGCAGACACAAACCUCCAUCCAGGACCUCAAUGCCAAACUAGCUGCUCUCUCAAGAAAGUUCGAGCAAAUGGAAAACAUGCUGGGACGUGUGUAACGGAGCAUUUCUUGGGUCAACAUGUUCUGUGAGCUGACAGCUUCCUACCUGAGUGGCUUCUCUUUCCUGCUUCAUCAACAAAGCAUCAAAAAAGUGAUCUCAUGAACAUCCCUAUGGCUUAAAAACAAAUUCUGGAUCACUGUGGAUGGUGUUCAAAUGAUGUUCCAAUAUUUCAUAAGUGCUGUUUUGAAUCAACCUGUUUGUUAUAUUAAUGAUCCAAAAUAAUGUUAAUGGUAUUCCAAAUAGUAAUGAAUCUUAACAUUAAAUCUCAUAGGGAGGGUUGGAAAGAGUGUGUAAUGAUGUGCCUUUUCUGCCCAGAAAUUGUCAUUAGAACAUAUAUCAAUUAUGCAUAUAAAUAAAGAAAUCCAUUCUAUUAGUACUUUUAAUGUAUUCUGCUUUAGAGAUUUCAGAUAAAUACACAAAUUAUAUAUUAUAUAUCUAUUGUAAUCUAUUUUGCUGUGUGUAAGCUUUUCUUUUAAUAAUUUCUCUGUUUAUUUCAUCUUGUUUUAA